AUGUGCUCUGCUGACAUUCUGGUUCCUGAUCAUUCCAAGACGGGAGGUUCGAGCCCCUCCGCCCACCGAAAGCGAGAAGAGAGGUUGCAAAGGCUCAAAGAUAGCGGGCAACGCCUCGCCGUCGCGUGGAGCCUCGCCGCCGCCUGCGUCGCCGGCCACGCCGCGCACUUUCUGCACGCGCACCUCCCCCCCUGGCUGGGCUUCCUGCACUCCACGCAGUUCCACGUGGCGCUCUCUGUGAUCGCGCUGGCGGGCCCCGGGCGGAAGCUGCUCGUGGACGGAAUCGGCUCCCUCAAGCGGAAUGCCCCCAACAUGAACACGCUGGUGGCGCUCGGCGCGCUGUCGUCGUUCGCCGUCAGCUCGGCGGCCGCGCUGCUGCCGCAGCUGAAGUGGCAGACGUUCUUCGAGGAGCCGGUAAUGCUGCUGGCCUUCGUCCUCCUCGGGCGCGCGGUAGAGGAGCGCGCCAAGCUGCAGGCGACCAGCGACAUGACCGCGCUCCUGAAUCUGCUGCCGCCCAAAGCGCGCCUGCUGGUGACUGGGAAAGACGGCAAGGAGAAGACGGUGGAGGUGCCAACGGACGCGCUGGGGCAGGGCGACACCGUGCUGGUGUAUCCUGGGGACCGCAUCCCGGUGGAUGGCACCGUCGAGUCGGGCCGCACGACGGUUGACGAAUCGAGCCUGACGGGAGAGCCGCUGCCGGUGCUCAAGCAGGCGGGGGAUGACGUCACCGCGGGGACCAUGAACUACAACGGGACGCUGCGCGUUGCGGCGCGGCGGGGUGGGGGGGACACGGUGCUGGGGGACAUUGUGCGCAUGGUGGAGGACGCGCAAACCAGGGAGGCCCCAGUCCAGCGCCUCGCCGACGCCGUCUCCGGCAAGUUCUGCUACGGCGUCAUGGCCACGUCAGCAGCCACCUUCGCCUUCUGGCGCCUCGCGGGCCCGCAGCUGUUUCCCCGGUUGAUUCCCCCGGGCGGUCCCCUUCUUCUAGCGCUCCAAAUGGCUUGCAACGUUUUGGUCGUGGCGUGCCCGUGUGCGCUCGGUUUAGCGACCCCGACCGCCGUUUUAGUUGGCACCUCCCUCGGGGCGCGCAAGGGGUUGUUGAUACGGGGGGGCGACGUAUUGGAGAAGGUGUGGGAGCUGGACACGGUCGUGUUUGAUAAGACGGGGACGCUUACGGCGGGGCGGCCCGUGGUGACGAAAGUGGUCGGGGGGGGAGGGGAAAGUGGGUGGAGCGAAGACGAAGUGCUGGCGCUGGCGGCAGGCGUCGAGCAGGCGAGCUCCCACCCCCUGGCCAAGGCGGUCGUCCAGGCCGCCUCCUCGCGCGGCCACGUCAUCCCCCGCAUUCAAGACGGCACGUUCGAGCAAGAGCCCGGCAGCGGCGCUUCUGCCACGAUUGACGGCCGGCGAAUUGCCGUGGGUUCUCUCGACUGGGUCGAGCGCCGGGCGUCGAACGGCUCAGCCUCCGUGAAACCCCAGACCCCAUCCGACGUCGAAACUUCCACCUCCCAGACCCCUAUAAUCCCUCGGACCCCUUCAAACCCCAGAUCGUUUGACAAGCAAACACCUUCAGAUUCUAAAAUCCUCGGAUCACAAACGGCUACCGACGACGAAACGGCGAGCACGCCAGAGGCCGCGUCGGCCGGCGCCAAACCCCCAAACCCCGCGGGUUUGGGCCGCCUCCCGGACCUUGCGAAGCAGGGUCAGACCGUGGUUUACGUCAGCAUUGACGGGCGAGUCGCGGGCGCUGUCGCGAUGGAGGACGAGGUUCGACCGGACGCGGCGGGAACAGUGGAAGGGUUAAGGAAACUGGGGUUGCGCACGGCAAUGAUCUCGGGCGAUAAGCAGGCGGCGGCGGAGGCGGUCGCGGCAAAAGUGGGCAUCGAUCCGCAGCAGGCUUAUGGAGAGGUGCGCCCCGCCCAGAAGGCCGCGCUGGUGCAGCAGUGGCAAAAGGACGGGCGGAAAGUCGCCAUGGUCGGGGAUGGCGUCAACGACGCGGCCGCGCUCGCGACUGCGAACGUGGGCAUUGCGAUGGCGGGCGGCGUCGGGGCCGCGAGCGAGGUCUCGUCCAUCGUGCUCAUGGGCGACCGCUUGCCGCAGGUCCUGGACGCCCUCGAGCUGAGCCGCGCGACGUUCAACAAGAUUCGGCAGAAUCUUUGGUGGGCGUUCGCGUACAACAUGGUGGGGAUCCCUCUCGCGGCCGGGGUGUUUUUCCCGAGCGCCGGCCUCAUGCUGACGCCAUCCAUCUCUGGGGCGCUCAUGGGCGUGAGCUCACUCGGCGUCAUGGCCAACUCGUUGCUUCUCCAAUUGGAGUACAAGGGAUCCCCCAAGAAGUCGGGCGCGAGGAUCGAGGAGUUGAGGGAGAAGAAAGGCGAGAAAAGUAGAGAAGGUAGAAAGAAGGAGGUGGUGAAUCGGGAAGAGGCAGGUGACGUGGAGCAAGGAGGCCUCCAGCCGACGCAAUGAAAAGUGCGGCCUGUGUUGGAGGAGAGGGUGCGAUACUUGGAUCUUUUUGACGGUGUUUCAGAGUCUCUUUGUCAGCCUGUGCGAUCUCUUAGAGGGCUGACCUCAGGGUCUGUAAUCUAGUAUUGGUUGUUUCGAGCAUGACCCGUGCCUCUUCG